AACGUUAUUAUAAUUUAACGCGGAAAUCGAACCCGAUACAAUUGCAGCUUUAACAAAUACCAAAAGAAAAAAAUACAACUUUGUGGUAGCAGCGUUAUGAGAGCCGACGCCAACGAAGAGAAUCUCUACCGGGAGCAGUUGCCAAAUGUAGGCACGCUUAUCAGGGAAAGUGGACGCAAGAUUUGCCGGCCGGCAACAAUUACCAAUAAAUUUCCAAUCCUACGUUGGCUGCCCCGCUAUCGAUCCACUUAUGUGGUGCAAGAUUUUAUAGCCGGCUUCACAGUCGGAUUGACCACAAUACCGCAGGCCAUUGCGUAUGGAGUUGUGGCUGGACUGGAGCCACAAUAUGGCCUCUACUCGGCCUUUAUGGGCUGCUUCACCUACAUCGUAUUUGGCUCCUGCAAGGAUGUCACUAUUGCCACAACUGCUAUAAUGGCGCUGAUGGUUAAUCAGUAUGCAACUAUUACGCCGGAUUAUGCGGUCUUUGUUUGCUUCCUGGCGGGCUGUAUUAUUCUUCUGCUGGGCCUCUUCAACAUGGGCGUUUUGGUGCGAUUCAUAUCGAUUCCGGUCAUAACUGGAUUCACAAUGGCAGCGGCUACCACCAUUGGAAGUGCCCAGAUCAACAAUCUCGUUGGCCUCAAAGGUCCCUCGAAUGAUUUGUUGCCCUCAUGGAAACACUUCUUUACACACAUACCCUCGAUCAGAGUCUGGGAUGCCUUGCUGGGAGUCACCACUUUGGUGUUCCUGCUGCUCAUGAAGCAACUGACCAAGAUCAAAUGGGGCAACCGUUUGGUGUGGAAGUAUCUAUCGCUAUCUCGUAAUGCACUGGCCGUCAUCUUUGGCACAUUUCUGGCCUACAUCCUCAGUCGAGAUGGUAAUCAGCCCUUCCGGGUGACGGGUAAUAUUACAGCAGGGGUGCCACCCUUUCGGUUGCCGCCCUUCAGCACCACAGUUGAUGGGGAGUACGUGUCCUUUGGCGAUAUGAUAAGCACUGUGGGUGCUUCACUGGCCUCCAUUCCAAUGAUUGCCAUACUGGAGAUUGUGGCCAUAUCGAAGGCGUUCUCCAAGGGGAAAAUAGUGGAUGCUUCGCAGGAAAUGAUUGCUCUGGGCAUGUGCAAUAUAAUGGGCAGCUUUGUGCUUUCCAUGCCGGUAACCGGUUCCUUUACACGCACAGCCGUCAACAAUGCCAGUGGUGUGAGAACACCACUUGGUGGUGCCGUCACUGGCACCUUGGUGCUCAUGGCCUUAGCCUUUCUCACCCAAACUUUUUACUAUAUACCCAAAACGACGCUAGCUGCGCUUAUUAUAGCAGCUAUGAUAUCUCUCGUAGAGCUGGAGAGAAUUGCGGAGAUAUGGAAAUCAAAAAAACGCGAUCUCUUUCCAUUCGUGGUGACAAUUCUGACCUGCUUGUUUUGGAGCUUGGAAUAUGGCAUAGUCUGUGGCAUUAUCGCUAAUCUCAUCUAUAUACUAUAUAGUAGCGCUCGGCCACAGGUGUCCAUAACGCUUGAAAAGAUCAACGGUUUUGAGAUUGCACUGAUGGAUGUCAAGCAGAAACUGGACUAUGCCAGUGCUGAGUUUAUUAAAGAGAAAGUUGUGGCAUUCGUUAAUCAGCAGGAAACCAAAAUACGAGUGGUUGUAGUGAAGGGUCACGAAAUAAAUUCCAUUGACUAUACAGUUGCCAUGAACAUAAUAUCACUGCAAGGUGAUCUCAAGGCAUUGAACUGUGACCUAAUUUGUUGGAACUGGAAUAUUGGCUCAGCUGGUGUCGUCUGUCGCCUGAACAGUGAUAUGCGUUCCGUAUUCAAGUUUGACCACGAACUGGAUGAAUUGGUCGCUUCACACUUUGAUACCUCAAAUUCGACGUCGACUGUUACGAUUGAGUCCGCACAGAGCAAUUCAAAUGUGACCUAAAUAUGAAACAAGAAAAUGUUCUUUAAGUUAACAGUAUUUUAUAUUUUAAUAACAAUAAAAAACAUUGUAUUUAGAA